CAUGUUUGAAAAUGAUAGGCACUUCUCUCAUCUGUCAUCACUGGAGCGUGAACUUGGCUUUCGAACUGAAAUGGGGUUGUACUACUCUUAUUUCAAGACUAUGAUCACGUCGGAGUCAGCCAUUAGUGGUUUACACAGCCUCAUACGGGACAAUAUUACAGAGUACCCCUCAACUAUCAAUACUCUCAAGCGAUUCAACCUUUACCCUGAGGUAGUUGUAGGCUAUGCAUAUCGCAUAUACCAAGGAGUAAGCGACUUAUUAGGCCACCAGACCAAGACUUGUUGGACUGUUAACAGAGGACAAGGUCUGAGUCCUGUUCAGAGCUGCGAGGGACUAGGAGAGCCAGCCUAUUUUUAUGUGGAAGCUGUGUUUUUACUGAAUGGCUUGAUGAUGGGUCUGUUUUUCCUUUUUGGGACUUACUUAAGUGGCAGUCUCUUUGGUGGUCUGCUAACAGUCAUAUGCUUCUUGUUCAAUCACGGAGAGUGCACUAGGGUGAUGUGGACUCCACCACUGAGGGAAAGUUUUGGCUAUCCAAUGUUUGUUCUGCAGAUGUUCAUAUUGACUUACAUUGUCAGGAGCAGACAAAGCAGCUACAUAUAUUCUUGUUUACUUGCUUGUGCCCAGAUUUUGUUUAUGCUUUCCUGGCAGUUUGCUCAGUUUGCUUUGUUCACACAAACACUUGCUGUGUUGGGGACCUAUCUGCUUCAGUUCAUCUCAUCUUCAACUUUCAGAGUCGUCCUGAUGGGACAAACAGUGGGCCUCAUUGGCAGCUAUGUGUUGCUGUUUGGCAAUGAGAUGUUGCUGACUUCAUUUUUUGCUUGCAGUCUCAUUGCUGCUUGG